GUCAAGGUUGGCAGGGAGAGUCGAGCAUUACCGGCCAAACUAUACGUCAAUGGCGUCCAGCUAGCGUCGUUCAAUCCCGUUCGGUUUGGGGGGUUCGCCAGCAUCUACCGCGGGACCUUGGAGGGUAAGGUUGUCUUCUAUCAGGAGGCGCUCAUCUGGUCCCGAAUGCGACAUCCAUACGUUCUUGCCUUCCUCGGGAUGGACAAAGACGUUCUCGAAUCUCCAUGUAUAGUAUUGCCCUGGUGCGAACGAGGCAGCGUUAUAGACUGGGUUUCAAGCCUUCCUAUCAAUACAGUUAAUCUGAUCGACCUGAUAUGCAAGAUAUCCAGUGGAUUGGCAUAUCUCCACUCACAAAGCAUUGUUCAUGGUGAUCUACGAGGC